AUGGUUGUAGCCGAGAAGAUGACGAAAACAGGAAAUGUAAUUAUGGUGAUGUUCUCAGGAGAAAAACCUCACAAGUGCACGGUGUGCGGAAAAGCCUUCAGUCAGUCGUCAAACCUCAUAACGCACAGCAGAAAGCACACGGGCUUUAAACCAUUCUCAUGUGACCUGUGCGGCCGGUCCUUUCAGCGUAAGGUGGAUCUUCGGCGUCACAAGGAAACUCAACAUACGGAACUUAGAUCACAAGUAACAGAAAUGCGGUCACCUGUUUCUGCCGGUGACCUGAGGAACGCCGUCACGGAAAUCAGAACACCCAUAACAGACAUGAGGUCCCCUAUCGCAGAUAUGAGGAGUCAGUUAGUGGAGGUGAGGUCACAGAAUUCUGGGGACUUACGUUCUCAAUCUGCAGCCCUCAGGACUCAUGUUACUGAGCUUCAACCUCAUGUUAGUGAUGUUAGAAGCCAAGUUACAGCUCAUGUCACAGACAUCAGGAGUCAGAUAAAUGAUAUUCGACCUCAGGUCAACGACCUCAGAUCUUCUGUGAGCGAAUUAAGGUCCCAAGGCGCCGACAUGCGACCGAAGGUUGCUGAUACUGGCCCAAAUGGUAAUGGCGAUCACAGAGGUGCUCCUAUAUCGGACUUUAGAUCACAAGUUCUUGAUUUGAGACCGCAAGAACUGCGGCCGGUUAGUUAA